AUGCCCUCUCUGCAUCUGCCCGAUGUGAUCUGCACCUGCGCCCGGGGAUGUCUGGCGGCUCAGCGCUACAUCGCGACGGAGCUGCUUCGCGUUCAGGACCUUCCCCAUAAUCCCUCGCCGAGGGAAAAGGCGAUUUCGAUUUUAGAACUCGAUCCUGCACGCAAGCAAUGCCUGUUAAGUCGUCUCCACGCCACGGUGGGGGUGGAGGUGAAGUCGGUGUUGAACUUCAAAGAAGGGGGGGCCGCGAAGGAUCUCGUAACGACCGCUGACGUCCUCACCCAGGCGCUCCUCGUGCGGCUGCUGCUGCGGGAGUUUCCCGACGCCCCCUUCACGAUUAUCGGCGAGGAGGCGGCGCCGAACGCAACCCUCGACGCCAUCGCGCGGCGUUGCGUGGAGGCGGAAGGCUGGAAGGCGGAGAAAAUCCCCGGCGAGGCCGCCCUUCGCGCGCACCUCCCGCGCUGGAAAGGCGCCGCGAGGCUUCACGCCGCCUCCGUCGAGGAGCUCCGCGAGCGCGUUGGGGUUUUCAUCGACCCCAUCGACGCGACGAAUUGCUUCGCGGAGGGGGUCUGGGAGGCCCCGAUGACGCUCGUCGGCGUCGCCGUCGACGGGGUGCCUGUGGGGGGGGUCGUGAAUCGCCUUUUUGCCUUCCCGGUGAGCGCAGAAGGCCCUUCCGGUGGUGGUUUUUCCUACAUCCUCAAUCCGGCUCAAAACGAUACGGCGUUCAUCGUCCACGAGGGUCGUCUUGUGGGAUCCCCUCGCGAGAUGGGGGAGGAGAAACGCGGCGAUGCCCCCUUGCGGGUGUGCGAAUCCCCCACGACGAAAUCCGCCUUCCUUCGCGAGGUGAACGAGCGGCUGAGGCCGUGCGCGAUCUGCUACGCCAGGGGCUCCGGGAAUAAGGAGUUUUUUCUCCUCCACCAAGCGUUAGGGGGGGCGAGGGCAGGGGCGGAUGUCUUCGUCGCCCCCAGCCGGACGAUCAUGGCGUGGGAUUGCUGCGCCCCGCACGCCUUUCUUCGGGCGCUUGGGGGGGAAAUCUACACCCUGAAGGGCACCCCCCUGCGGUAUCGCCAUCGGAGCGGGGAUGAGGCCCUCUCGGCCGCGCUCGCGGAGCUGCCGGACGGCGUCGUGGCGGUGACGGCCGCCGCCAAAGAGGAGGUCGCGCGUCGGAUGGGAUGGGCCGCGCGCGACGUGAAGGAAGGGAUCGGUAAGAGCCACCUUUGA